AUGCUGGCGCGUCACAGGUCUAUGGCACUCGUACGCCGGGCCUCUACAUGGCCGACAGCGAUACCUAUCAGAUAUCUAUGUACUUCGCACGUACUGCCUCAACAGGAUCAGAAACCUGAGCAUCGCGUGCAAUACAAUUACGACGUAUUCUCGUUGCAUCCGGAGGAAGAACAUUACUCACUGCCGCUUGUCACCGCGGAACAGCUCGCACGCUCCAAAACUCGCCCCCGCUCUAUGCGUAUGCUCACGCGUGACUUUAUCUAUGACAGUUUGUACAAUCCACAUUAUGGCUACUUUAGUCGACAAGCCGUUCUGCUUCCCUUGUCAAAGCAGGCGAAUCCAAACGACGUCUCUCUCACUUCCACCUUUGCAUUUCAUGAUAUGAAAGACGAGACCGAAUUCAUGCGAACAGUCCAGCUUCGAUAUAUGAACUUUGAUGAACAGUUUCGUCACGAAUGUCAGGCGCGUGAAAAACGUAUUCGUGGGAAUGGGCCAACCUUACAGGAGCGCAUAGAUGCGCUCGUGCAAAACCAGAAACGCACCCCAUGGGGUAGUGCAGAGCGUCUUGAUAUGGCACGAGAAAUUGGUCGUCUACAGCGUGAGCAAAACCGCGAGCAAAUUUCUGGUUCAGAAAUCGACGCUAUGGUGGCUGGACAGGUAUGGCACACACCGACGCAACUUUUUAGUCCACAUUAUGGGCGCGCCUUGGCGAGAUACCUGGUGGCGGAGUAUAAACUUCAUCUAUUCCCAUAUCAUGACCUGGUUCUAUUUGAACUUGGCGGUGGUGCGGGUACUUUGGCGCGCGACAUUUUGGACUAUAUCGAAGAGUGUGAACCGGAUGUGUACGAACGCACACGAUACCAUAUUGUUGAGAUUAGCGCACGACUAGCAUCUCAGCAGAAAGGACGCUUACUGCGACAUGUGCGAAGUGGUCGCGUUGACGUGGUGCAUCGUGACUUUUUGGCAUGGGACCAGGAUGUGGAUGAGCCUUGUUUCGUGGUGGCACUUGAGGUCCUGGAUAAUCUUCCCCAUGAUGUCGUGCGUUACUCGACGGAAGAUCUGCAGCCAUACCAGGGACUUGUCUCCAUUGAUCACACAGGCGACUUUACAGAGCUUUGGGAGCCGGUCCAAGACCCGCUCAUUCGCCGAUACUUGAAUCUGUUCCGGUCUGUGCGGCAUCCCCUGCUUCCGCCUGGCGCACCAUUCUAUCUAGGCUGGAUUCCCCGCUGGAUGCGCCGCAUGCUGCAUACAUACACACCUUUUUACCCCAAUCUCACGCAGCCACAUUAUAUUCCUACGGGUGCGCUCCAGUUCCUCGACGUGCUGAAAAAACAUUUCCCGCUCCAUCGACUUGUUCUCUCUGAUUUUUCGUCACUUCCUGACCACAUUGAGGGCAUCAAUGCUCCUGUUGUACAAACUCGGCACCAAGGUGUCAUGAUUCCAGUUACGACAUAUUGCGUGCUACAAGGAUACUUUGAUAUCUUUUUCCCGACUGAUUUUGAGCUGUUGAGGGAUAUGUACCUUCGCAUGAUGAGACUUGGAGAUCAGGAUACAGAGACAAGUUCUACGUCUGAUGCGUACUUUACGCCAAAAUACCCAGGAGAUGCUUUACCAGAUGGGUCCUUAUCAUCCUAUGAGGAUUACUCUCUGGCCCCGAGUCGAUUGCUCGGCCUGUCCGAUAUUAUUCCGCCUCCGCUUCUUCGGAAUGAAAGCGACGCUCGGAUCUUGACGCACGCUGAUUUCUUGAAUAGAUACGCUGACCUACAGGGCACCGAGCUUCGUGAUGGAUCCAAUCCCAUGGUGUCCUGGUAUGCCAAUGCCUGUUGGCUCCUUACAUAG